AUGCGAUCGCUGGCAAUCUUGUGUCUCACAGGUCUGGUAUCUGCCCAGGUAGCACCAUACGGACAAUGUGGUGGGAAAAGUUAUACAGGUUCCACAACCUGUGAAACAGGGUGGGUCUGUCAAUUUGAGAAUGAUUGGUAUAGCCAGUGUAUCGCAGCAUCUACUUCAACAACCACCACUUCGGCGAAGACGAGUACAAUUACCCAAACUUCGACUACUUCCACCAAAACCACAAAUUCAACAACGUCUUCCUCUGCCCCGUCUUCCACCCAAUUCUCCAGCGUUGAUGGGUUGCAAUUCACCAUCGACGGUAAAACCGACUAUUUUGCUGGAACAAACGCAUAUUGGAUCGCCUUCCUCACGGAUAACGACGAUGUGGACCUUGUGAUGAGCCAUCUUAAUGAAUCGGACCUGCGAAUUCUACGAGUCUGGGGAUUCAACGAUGUUAAUACAGUUCCUUCUUCGGGCACAGUAUACUUCCAGCUCCUGGAGGAUGGUACCGCAACCAUCAACACUGGCGCGGAUGGGCUUCAACGGCUAGACUACGUUGUCUCGUCCGCAGAGGCACACAAUAUCAAGCUGAUAAUUAACUUUGUGAAUAUGUGGAGUGAUUACGGUGGUGAAGACGCAUAUGUCACAGCAUUUGGGGGUACACAGACGGGCUGGUAUACCAAUGACGAUAUCCAAGCUGCUUAUCGAAACUACAUUAAGGCCGUGGUCUCUCGCUAUAUUGACUCCCCCGCUGUGUUUGCAUGGGAAUUAGCCAACGAGCCUCGCUGUCAAGGCUGCGAUACGUCUGUCAUUUACGACUGGGUUGCGUCAACUAGCGCGUAUAUCAAAUCCCUGGACCCGAAUCAUAUGGUCUGCAUUGGUGAUGAGGGAUUCGGGCUAGAUACAGACUCAGAUGGUAGCUAUCCAUACACGAUCGGCGAAGGACUGAAUUUCACCAUGAAUCUGGGCAUUGAUACUAUCGACUUUGGCACUUUGCAUCUAUACCCCGACAGCUGGGGAACUACCUACGCGUGGGGCGACGGAUGGAUUACGGCCCAUGCAGCUGCAUGUGCAGCCAUUGGAAAGCCAUGCCUUCUCGAAGAGUAUGGUGUCAGUUCCAAUCAUUGUGCUGUAGAGACUCCAUGGCAACAAACUGCUCUUGGGGCGACCGGUAUAGCCGCCGAUAUGUUCUGGCAAUACGGCGAUACUCUCAGCACCGGUGAAACCUCGGAUGAUGGCAAUACGAUCUACUAUGGGACAUCGGACUUUACAUGCCUUGUAACUGAUCAUGUAGCAGCAAUUGACGAAUGA